UUUUAAACAAUUCUACCGUUUUUAACUUUAACCGAUUGUACUUGAAGAUAAACAGCAAUGACACGUGCAUAGCACUAGUCGGCGCGACGGUUCACUGAUCACAUUGUUAGUAUUUUUUCCAGGUAGAAAAUAAAAGAGAUAAUGCACAAACAUGUAGAAAGUACUGCAGAGUGGGGUUGCCCCCACUAUGUAUGGUAGAAUGUUUGAUUGUGUGAGACGCUAUAAUUGUCACCGUAUCGCCAAUUUUAUACUAUUAACUCGCGGAUUUAUAGUGCACCAUGAUAACUGCUACAUUCGUCAGUGAAAUUUGCUUCGAAAACUUAGCUUUUUAGUUAGUUAAAACGGUAUGUUACGGGGCCGUGUUCAACCAAGGUUUCGUCUUCACAAACAUCAAAGGAUCAAGAAUAAUCGCAUUAUCAUAUAGCAGUAAGAGAAAUAUUAGAAAGAAAAUUUUUUGAAGUUUUCCUUCAAUUAAAUUGAAGAGAAUCGUCUUGUAAGACAAGGGUUUAGGAAGCAACCAACUCAGUUAAAGAAUUCUGCAGUAGGAAGAUCAGGAUAAAAAGGAUUGCUGAUUAGAGUUCAUUUUGCAAAUGACUGUUUGGCGGAAAUUGUUUGGCAAAUACCUCCUGGUCACGAAUACGGUGAGCUGUGGUUUGAUGAUGGCGACAGCAGACAUUUUUCAACAACGCAGCGAACACUGGAAGAGAAACGGCAACUGUUUCCCAGGUGGAAGCCACGUAAUGGCAGCAACUCUGGAAGCUGAUCAUGAGGAGUUCAGCAACCUAGUGGCUUCUGGCAAAGAAAUGUACGUGCACGAUUAUGUGCGAACUAAGAAUAUGACAACCGUGGGUCUGGUUCAAGGUCCUUUUCAUCAUUGGUUCUACAUGCUCUUGGAUAAAGUAUUACCCGGCAGAAACGCAUUAUCCGUCGUUAAAAAAACCUGUAUCGAUCAAACCAUAGCAAGCCCCACAUGUUUGGGUAUAUUUUUCAUUGGUCUUGGAAUAUUGGAACACCGCAAAAUCGAGGAGAUCUGCCAAGAACUAAGACUGAAGUUAUACGACACGUGGAAAGUUGAUUGCUGCUUUUGGCCUCCGACGCAGUUUGUGAAUUUCUUCUUCAUACCCUUCCGGUACCGAGUGCUAUAUACAAAUUUCAUGACCAUGAUCUACGACGUUUUCUUAUCUUAUAUGAAAUAUGACGCUGAAUACCAGUAAUGAGAAAUCUCAGGGCUAGUCCAACCGAAACGAUCGUACAAAUCAUUACGGUUCUAUUCAUUUUUUCAUUCAUCAAUUAUUAAUCAUCUAUAACUGUAAACAUAAGACUAUAAGUUUACAAAUGUAAAAAUAAGUAUG